UGCUCCGUGCUUGUGAUGCAGUUGUUUUUGUUGCAGGUGCAAUGUUGGCAUACAGUCCCGUGUAUUUCUACAAGAAGGGAAUUCUCAUCUGCACCCAAACAAAAUCUGAAACCACAACUGACGAAUGUGCCACCUAAGUCUGGAAAUUCCUUCCCAAAAGUUGUCUUUGGCAGUGUUGUUAUUGGUGCUGCUGUUUUUGCAGCUUACCAAACUGGCUAUCUAGACCAACUAACUGGUGGUACAGAGCAGAAUCAUUCUGUAGAGUCAACUAAGACAGUUCAGAAAAGUGAUUCAGACAAUGUCCACCCUUUGGUGGUGCAAAAAUUUGAUUCACCCAGUGGAGAAGAAACUGAAAAACCAGAUAGUGUUGGAAAAGAAACUGAGAGCUCAAAUCCCAUUGUGGAGUCCACUGAGCAUAAAGUCGAGACAGAUGCCCACCUUCCUCAUCUUGAAGCUUCAGGCGAAGAGCAAGAUGGUAUUCAGUUUCAAGACAGUUCCAGGAUUGUGCCACAUGAAAAGACUGAGGAGGAAAACUUGCCAGAAUUUAGACAAAGUGUCAGUCAAGUAGAGAAUGAGAAUCUAGAAUCUAAAACAUCCACAGAUGAAAAUUUGAACAUGCAAAGCGCGGAGUCUAGUACUAGGGAUGGGCUUCAUGAUGAAGUUCAAACUACUCCAAUAUCUAGUAAGACAGAUGCAGCACCCAUAGGAAUUGAUAUCAGAAUACCACCACAAGAAGAUACGUUUGCAGAAGAGAAACUGAAGGAGUUGAACAAUACAAGUGAAGCUAUAGAGGAGCCAAGUUCUCUUCUCGAGGCAUACCAUUUGAAGGAUGAGGCUGGCAUGACUUCCUUGGGUGGUGGUAGCAAAGAUGAAACUAACAAGUUUGUCAAAGAAACAGAGGCUUUAAUUGCUGAAAUUGAGGAGUUAAAUGAUGGCUACAUAUCCAAGGAUGGGAAAUUGGUUAUUGAUUUCUUACAAGCUAUUCAUGCUGCUGAAAAGAGGCAAGCUGAGCUGGAUUACCGUGUUUUUGCUGACGAAAAGAGAGCACUGAAGGAGAAGAUGGAAAAAGAAUUGAGGGAUGCUCGGGUUAGGGAACUUAUGCAUGCAGAAGAGGCUGCUAUAUUGGACAAGGAGUUAAAACGAGAAAGAACAAAAGCAGCUGCUGCUCUGAAGUCACUUCAAGAGAAACUGGAAGAAAAAUUUCAGAAGGAACUUGAACAGAAGGAAAAUGAGGUAGAAUCGAAGUUGAGAAAACUUCAAGAUAUGGCAAAAGCAGAGUUAGCUGCGGCAAUUGCAAGUGAGAAGGCUGCCCAGAUGGAAAAGAUGGCCGAAGCAAAUCUUCAUAUUAAUGCUCUUUGCAUGGCAUUCUAUGCAAGGUCUGAAGAAGCUCGUCAAAGCCACUCUGCUCAGAAGCUUGCAUUGGGGGCACUGGCACUUGAAGAUGCUCUUUCUAGAGGUUUACCAAUCCAGGCUGAAAUAGAGGCAUUACGUGUUAAUCUUCAAGGCAUUGACAAAGAUUUGAACUUAGAGCUGAUCCUUUCAUCCAUUCCUAAAGAGAUAUUGAAUCAUGGCUCAGAUACGUUGUUACAAAUGACACAAAAGUUUGAUGCGUUAAAAGCACCGUUACGGCACUUGAGCUUGAUCCCACCUGGUGGUGGCGGCAUUUUAGCUCAUUCUUUAGCCCGUGUAGCAUCCUGGAUUAAGGUGAAGGAGGCCGACCAAUCUGGUAAUGGGAUUGAAUCUAUCAUCAACCGAGUGGAGUCCUAUCUGGCUGAAGGAAAUUUGGCUGAAGCAGCACAUUCUCUAGAAGAAGGUGUUAAAGGCACAAAAGCUGAAGAGGUAGUUCAUGAUUGGGUAAGGCAAGCAAGAAAUCGAGCCAUCACGGAGCAAGCCCUUACCCUGCUUCAACUGUAUGCCUCAUCAAUAAGCCUUACUUAAGACCAAAAUGUAAUUUGCCAUCUCCGUCUCUGGAAAAAAAAAAGGGAUUUGAGUUUUCAAGCAACGGGAAUGCACAGUUCUUGGAUAGCACCAUUCUUUCUGUAUUGACCUUAAUAAAAAUUUUGUAAGAACAGAUUUUACUGCUGCUGCAGCGCCAAGAGAAGCAACUGCGGCCAUCCGGGCACUUCUGAGAAGGCCAAACUCAUAUUGCAACCUUUUGUCAAAGUGGGUUAGUUGCAAAUACCUGGUUCUUGUUUUCACUUGAGAAGCUCCUUUAUUGCUUAGUUUCGAAAGGCAUUGCUUUUUCUUAAUGUGUUUGAUUAUAAGCAUAUGUUUGGUGGUUAUCCCAGAUCUGGCUAGAAGGGGACCUUGGUUGGUGGUAGUAUUUUGCUUUUGGUACUUAUGAUUACGAUUAGUUAAUUCUCAAA